AUGAACCAGCCUCCUCAGCCCCAGCAGGCAUACCCAAAUGUGUCGCCCUACCCGCCCACCACCGGCGGCACACCCCCCGUCGUCGGCUCGACGCCGCCCGUCGCCGGCCCGGGCUCUGGCUUCCCCGUCCGCUCGGGACUCGCUGGCAUGCAGCCCCACAGCAUGACUACCCCUGCAAACCUCAUCCCCGGCAGCGGUGCCGGCAUCCGCGGCGGUGUCGAGGAGGACAAGAACGUCUUUGACGCGCUCCGCGACAACUCGAACGUGUACGCCCGCAAGUUCCAGGCCGCCCUCGACCGCUCCACCCCGCACGUCACUGAGCGCUGGCUCGUGACCGGCACGCUGCUUAUCCUGUUCUCGCUCAGCGUCGUCGUCCGCCAAGGAUGGUACAUUGUCAUGUACGCCCUGGCCAUUUACAUCCUGAACCUCUUCCUCGCGUUCCUCCAGCCCCGCUUCGACCCCCAGCACGCCGCCGACCUCGCGGCCGACGACGUUGAGGAGGGCGCGCCGGGUCUCCCCGGCUCAGAGGCAAAGGGCCCCCAGGGCCUCCGUGGCCUCUUCUCUGGCUUCACGCCCAACCCCGAGGACGAAGAGUUCCGUCCUUUCAUCCGCCGUCUUCCUGAGUUCAAGUUCUGGUACUCGGCCACCAAGGCAACCGUCAUUGCGCUCCUGUGCACCUUGUCGCGCGUCACCGACGUGCCCGUGUACUGGCCCAUCCUCCUGGUCUACUUCUGCACCUUGUUCGCGCUCACCAUGCGCCGCCAGAUCCAGCACAUGAUCAAGUACCGUUACGUCCCCUUCGACUUUGGCAAGAAGAAGGGCUAUGGCAAGAAGUAG